AAACCAGGUAAAACUAGACCAACCAGAAACAUCACAACUGCGCUUAUAGUGUACUCUUAUUCUCAAAGAUUGAAACGUGAAUACCGAUAUGUGUAGCCUAGGCUACGUUUGACUAUUCUAUCUCCGGUGGUGCGUAAUUUACGCAGCUUUUUAAUAAUGGCGUCUGUACAAGAGAUGCGGCCAGGUCUUCAAAAAUGAAGCGGAGAAGAAGUCUAUUCUAGAAAUUUCGAGACUUAUACAAGGUUUCACUAAGUGGGCUGUGAACGUCUUCCAGCGAUUUUUGUUUACUUUUUUCGUUUUUGAGACCCCGAAAUGAUGAAGAUCAAAUCGAAUCAAACGCGGACAUAUGACGGGGAUGGCUACAAGAAGCGCGCCGCCUGUCUGUGCUUCAGAAACGAGAGUGAGGAGGAGGUGUUGUUGGUGAGUAGUAUCCGUCAUCCAGGCAAGUGGAUCGUCCCUGGUGGAGGGAUGGAGCCGGAGGAAGAGCCCAACGUUGCUGCUGUUCGAGAGGUGUGUGAAGAGGCUGGUGUCAAGGGGACAUUGGGGCGUCUACUAGGAAUUUUCGAGAACACAGACAGGAAGCACAGAACAUAUGUCUAUGUCCUCAUCGUUACAGAGAUGUUGGAAGACUGGGAGGACUCUGUGAAUAUCGGUAUGUUAAAUAUUGGAAGAAAAAGGGAAUGGUUUAAUACAGAGGAUGCCAGAAGAGUGCUGCAGUGCCACAAGCCUGUGCAGGCCUCGUACUUUGAGGCCCUACAACAUGGCAGCCUGAGCAGCAACGGGACACCCCUGGUGACCACGAGAGGGGGAGAAGAGCGCUCCCCUACCUACAAUAUCAACCAGAGCUCCAGAUCGAGUAUAAGAUAACUGAAACUCCUGGAGACUUCUCCACAUCUUUUACCUGCUUCUUUUUCUUAUUAAUCCUGCUCCUACUACAACUUUUUUUUACCUUCAAAAUAUCAACAGAAAUGUUUGCCUUGCCAGCCUUCUAGUGCCAGAGUGGAGGUACAGACUUGACAAGUGUUGGGCGAAGAAGAUAUAACACUUUGUAAUUUGAAUGUUUUUUUUGUUGCUUUUUACUAAUAAUUGCAUGAGAUAUUUCCAAACUCGUCCUCCUUUACCUCGGUUCCUCUCUGUCAUAAAUAUGAGGUUUGUUGAAUGCAACUUUCUGCUGUGGUGAUGUAAAGUAUUGGUAUUGAAUGUGUUUACAGAAGAAGACAGGCUUAAGGGUCUUGUUUUGCUAACACUUUACUUGAAGUUGCCACACCCCUUUAUAUGGCAUUCAUAAGAAUGACAUAACCUCCCACCAUGUACCGUGACAGAUCAUUAGUGUAAUACAUACUCCCAACUGUGUUAAGAGUUGUAAAGUAUGACAGUAUUUCAGUAUGACAUUUUCUAUUGUUGGUUUUCUUUUCAUAUAUUUCCUAAUCCCCUAAGAAUGCAUUGCUUUAGUUAGAUGGGCUUGUGGGAAAGUUUCCUAUUUUGCAUGUGUGGUAAAGCUACAUGGGUGUGUCUUGUGUGAUGCAAUCUGUAGGAAUGGAAUUAUCUGGUACAAACAGUCUCCCAUUUGUAUUACAUUGUGAAGGUAGCACAAGCUUUGUUGUUUUGAGAGAGAAGCUUUGAUAAGGGGCUGACAAAAACUACUCCCACAGUAGCUUGGGCCUUUUAUCACAAUGGGGCACAUCUAACCAGAACAUUGAAAUGUAAGUCAUCUGCUGUCUCACAUCUUGUCAGUCUAUUUCAGACUAUGAAGAUGUUUUAUAAUUCAAUGACCGGAAAGACAGAGAAUUGUGCAUGUUAUCUGAUCCUCAGGGGAAAG